AAAUAUGUCAUCGGAUUCAGGAUCACAUAAAAAAGAGGAGGCCAAUCGGAUUUAUGUGACAGGAUACUCUGCUAAAGAAUCUGAAAUGGAAAUCAAGAACGCAUUUGCUAGACACGGCGAAAUUCAGGAGUUUUCUUGGAAAGGGCGAUUUUGUUUCAUCGUAAGACAUGGACCGUUUGGCAUUUAGGGUACAGGCUUAUGCCAAGCCUGAGGACGCAUCUGAUGCAGUUAGAUUAAUGAAUAUGCAAGACUUCAACGGAAGAAAUCUAAUCGUCGAGUUGGCAAGAGCAAAGAAAAAAGAUGGUGCAUGCUAUUAAUGUGGGAAAUAGGGGCAUUUGUAUUUAUUCCUAUCAUUCCUCUUAGUGCCCGCAAUUGUCGUUUGAAUCGACGCUCCCAUUCUGACUCCAGGUAUAAGAACAUGUGACAUUAGGCGCCAUUCAAAAAAGAAAAAAAAACAUCCAAAGCAUCGAUCUUCUAGCUCUUCCUCCAGUAGUGAAAAGAAAAAGUCAAAGAAAAAAAGGAGAAAGAGUUCCUCGAGUUCUCAUUCCCGAUCAAGUGAUUGAUAAUCAAAUAUUCA